AUGGUGUCUAAAAACAAACGUGCAAUGAUGGUCGUGGGUGGCUACAGAUAUUCGCUGCAUUACUCCAGAAAUAAUAGGGAGAGAUGGAUGUGCAGAUCGACAACAUCAUGUCCGAUCUGCGGCGAUGCGGUGAAUGGGAUUCAUUACGGCAUAUUCACUUGUGAGUCGUGUAAGUCGUUCUUCAGGCGUACCUUACAGACGAAUAAGCAGGAAGGUUAUGUGUGCAGAUAUAAGAGGAGGAAGCGACCUUGUGAUAUAACCGUCCAAACGAGAUCCUUCUGCAGAUUCUGCAGGUUUAACAGAUGUCUGGAGGCCGGCAUGCAACCCGGUCUGGUCAAGAUGAUUAAAGCUAAUAAUGAAAUGAGUUAUGUUAAUUAUUGCGUGGUUCCGAGGUACAGUUGGUCGAGAGCCGGCAACGCAAUCAUCAUUCUCGGAGAGUACAGGUUCAAGAAGCGAUCUAAGCACAUCAAUCAGAAACAGGAGACGCAUUGGGUAUGUAACAAAUGUGACAAAGGAUGUAAAGCGAAGCUGACGACUCUUAAUGAUGCUAUCAUUAAAAUGUAUAAUGUCCACAAACACGAUGGGUCCAGGAAAUUGAAGUGA